AUGCCGGAUGACGUAUGGUAUGGGAGCUCCACGUGCUCCCUCUCAAGCGACGACAUGUCCAUCAAGAAAGGGGUGAACGGCGGUGUCUACAACCACUGGCCUUGUUGUCCCGAAAAAGCGAUGGCUAUCGAGGUCAGCAAUCAACCCACGCCUAGCCCGGGCCCGGAAGUGGCCGGUGUCACAAAGAUAAAGGCUGUUGAAGCUGUGGGUGGAAAGAAGGGAAAGUAUCUGAUGUACGCUGGAUUGGCCAUGAUAAUGGUUAUCUACGAAUUGGACAACUCGACUGUCGGUACCUACAGGAACUUUGCUGCGUCGCAAUUUCAUCAGCUAGGCAUGCUCGCGACACUGAAUACUGCAGCAAGCAUUAUUUCGGCAAUUGGCAAGCCCCCUAUGGCUAAGUUAGCAGAUGUCCUCGGACGAGGAGAAGCCUAUAUCAUUGCCGUUACGUUUUAUAUCCUGUCGUACGUUCUCUGCGCGUCGUCACAGUCGUUCAGCACAUAUGCCGGAGGCUACGUCUUCUAUUCGCUUGGCCAAGCGGGCACUUCCAUCCUCAACUCGACGAUCGUUUCGGAUUUGUCUUCGAUGCGCUGGAGAGGCUUUGUUUACAACAUUCUCUACGUGCCAUUUCUGAUCACACCAUGGAUAUCUGCUUUCAUUGUGGACAGCGUGGUCAACGGAAUCGGUUGGCGCUGGGGAAUUGGCAUGUUCGCUAUAUUGAUGCCCUUUUGUGCUAGCUUCAUUAUCAUCACCCUCUUGGUGUUCCAGAGGCGAGCGAAACGCGCAGGUCUCAUACUAAACGAGCAGCUUACCAUCUACAACUUCUGCUCGCGAAUCGAUCUCGGCGGCAUACUUCUUCUCAGUGGUGGAUUUUCCAUGGUGCUGAUUCCAAUCACUCUGGCAGCUACUGCCACUGACCGAUGGACUACGCCAUGGGUGGAUGCUCUGAUUGUCCUAGGCGGCCUAGUUUUGAUAUCUCUUGUUCCCUAUGAAAAGUACAUUUCGCGCCAUCCAGUUGUUCCCGUGCGCUACUUUCGGACGCUCUCUAUUGUGCUUUCGUUUCUCCUCGGGAUAACGGACAAUAUCGGGUAUGGCGCCACGCAUACAUAUCUUUUCGUGUGGUCGAUGGUCUCGCACAACUUCUCGCCUCGUGAUGCUCAGUUCCUUACCUACACAAACGGCGUUUCUCAGGCUCUCAUGGGCAUGGCGACCGGUCUACUCAUGUACCGGUAUCGGACCUACAAGUGGAUUGGAGUUGCAGGGGCAGUAAUUCGUCUAGUUGGAUAUGGGGUCAUGGUUCGGCUCCGCACCAACGAAAGCUCCAUUGCCGAGCUAUUCAUCGUCCAACUCGUACAAGGGCUUGGUAGUGGGAUAAUUGAAACCAUCAUCAUUGUCGCAGCGCAGAUCUCCGUUCCACAUGCGGAAUUGGCCCAGGUCACCUCGCUAAUCAUGCUCGGUACAUUCUUGGGCAACGGGAUCGGGUCUGCUGUGGCCGGAGCGAUUUAUACCGGGCAGCUACGGCAGCGGUUGCAGGUACACCUUGGCCCAGGGGUCGACCAAGAACAGGUCCGAAGGCUGUACAAUUCCAUCACGGAAACUCUCCCGGCAUGGGGUACUGAUGAACGGACUGCUGUUAAUCAAGCCUACUCUGAUGUUAUGGGAUAUAUCACGAUUGCAGCGCUGGCCUUCGCUGUGCCGAUUGUUAUUUUGUCCGUUUUGCUUCCGAACAAGAAACUUGGUGAUGGACAUAACCUGGUGCAAGAGACGCCCGCCGCGAAAGAUCCACAAGCAGAGUCACUCGACAUCAAGAAAGCCUAUAUAUGA